CCACCUGUCCUGCCUUCUCCGCGUCGCGCUGGCGACCCAGAAACGAGCCGUCAUUCACUGAAUGGCAUGCCUGCCGCCGGCGCGCGCCUCCUCGGUCACCGGAUCGGCGGCAGCUGCUCGGCCCCCGCUGCUAUUUUCAACCCCCAGGAUAAAGCAAUGUGCAGCCGCCGCCCGCACGAACCCAGCAGCUUCACAGACACGAGCGCGGAGUCAGAGUCAGGAUGAAGUCCACGGGUGGCACCGCGCAGCCUGACGGAUUUGCCUCCGAACUGGACGACACGGACAGCGACAGCGACAGCUCCGACGCCAAGUCCGUCGGCGGCGGCGGCGGCGGCAGCCCGCGCGCGGCGUCGCGAGAACCCGCGGGAGGAGAGGCCGGGGCCGCGGGCGCGUCCAGGCGGAGAAGGCGGCGCAGGCUCGGCGGCGACGGGGGAGGACGAGGCGGCGGUGACGCGCGCUUCCCCGGCGUCAACAAACAGAGACAGGCGGCGAACGCGCGCGAGCGGGACAGGACGCACAGCGUGAACACCGCCUUCACGGCGCUCCGCACGCUCAUCCCCACCGAGCCCGCCGACAGGAAGCUGUCCAAAAUAGAAACCCUGCGACUGGCUUCCAGCUACAUCUCGCACCUGGCCAACGUGCUGCUGCUCGGGGAGGACUGCCGCGACGGGCAGCCGUGCCUCCGCUACCGCGGCAUCCUGCACGGCGGCGCCGCGCUCGGCGCCACGUCGCUGCGCCCCAUCUGCACGUUCUGCCUCAGCAACCAGAGGAAGCUGUUUAGAGAUGGAGGGAAACACUCGGCUGCUGUAUGACACCAGGCCUGGACGAUGGUGACACGUGGAGCGCAUCCGUGGACUGUGUGUAUGUUGGAUUAGACAGGAUUAAGACUGAAAGGCACUUUCCGUUCACGCCCGUGUGCUUCACAGACUGUGUUUUGGUUGAGUCGAAACCCGAAACGAUGUGUAAAGUUGCACCUGACGGGGCUGGGCUAUUUUAGUCUACACGAAUAGUACAAAUCCCCAACUAGCCACUAGCCCCCCCUCCAUAAAAAAGCCAUGUUGCCUUCAGGCACACGAAGGUAACUGAGGAGCAGCCUCUGCAGCGGUUGCUGUCCCUUUUGUGGCGUUUAAGCUGCCCUUUACCUUAAAUGCCAGAAAUAUUACAAUAAUGGAGAGAAACCAAUGCUGCCCCUAGCGGUCAGGACUACGAACUUCAACAACAGCUGUGAUCUGCUCUAUUUUAAAGCCUUUGUUGUACUUGUACAUUACGUUCCGACGUAUUAUUGGUUAGUAUUUAUGCACAUUAGAGGUUGAUAAUUAAUCAAAUACGUCUUGAACUGAGGUUUUGUCAAGUGGCUAUCGUUGGUCUGCCCUGUGGUCAUUUUAUCAUAGGUUGUUUGACAAUGACAAGCAAAAUGUAAUGUGCACAGAGGUGAGCUCCUACAAAAUCUGUGAUUUCCAUUUUUGGUGGCCAUAUUGUCAAAGGUCAGGUAUGGUUUAGAUCUGGGACCACACCAAAGCGAGCCAGAUCUCACAGAGUGGGAAAAUCAGAAAUCAAGUCCAGAUUUGAUUUUGUCCAUUAAAAGCACGUGUCACUUGGUAGGAAAAUGGUAUGAUUUUGGCCACUUCAGCUGUAACGUACUUGCAGCCUUAAAUGUAACUGAAGUCAAGGAAGGAUUUAGAUUUUUAUCAAAGCCCAAACUAAAGGGAUAUCAAAACCUGAAAAAAUAAUUAAAGACAAAAAUAAACAGUAAAUAACUAGAAGCACCAGUUCACUUCUUGGAUUUCAGUACAAUGUUGAGAAACAUACUUUUUUUUUUUUUAAACUUUUGACCUUUGUUUGAACUCUUGAUCAAUGUCUCACAAUGAAAUGUUUACCUUUGCGUUGUUGCACAAUCAAUCUCACCUUAAAAGCAUGAAACUGUGAUAUUUGUGAGUACAUGCAUUUAGUUGCCUUUUGCACUUAUUUGGACAGUAUUAUUUACAGCCACCUGAAUUUCACAGACCUACCACAGAAAUGUAGCACACUACCUCAAAGCCAUGUCUCAAACACAAAUAACUACUUCUAAAUGACUGUAUUUAAAUGUACUUGAAUGCCUGACAACUGUGUACUUUGCACAUUGCAGAUACUAAAAAGCUGCUUCAAGAGAAAUGUAUUUUUGUAUAAUAAAACCAAAUAGAUUGUA